AUGCCGAAAAUGAGACCCUAUUCUCUACUUCUCCAUCUCUUGGCUCUUCUGCAGUGCUAUCCCCAUCUGGUCGCUGCUGUUGCCUCCGUGUAUCAGCGAGUCGAGCAGUUAGAAAAGGUGCCGGAUGGCUGGUCAAGAGGAGACAGACCGUUGGCAUCAGAGCUUAUAAAAUUCCGGCUAGCAAUCACCCAGAACAACGCUGCGGAAUUCGAGAGAAGGGUAAUAGAUCUCUCGACGCCAGGCCACCCCAGCUAUGGCCAACACAUGACACUGGACGAAGUGAAGGAGUUCUUGCGUCCGUCCACUGCUGUCUCGGACCGAAUAAUCUCAUGGCUGAGAUCUGAAAAUGUCCCAGCAAGUUCCCUCAACUACGAUGGCCAUUGGAUCUCGUUCACAGUUCCGGUCUCUCAAGCCGAGCAAAUGUUGAAGACCCAGUUUUUCUACUUUCAGCAACAGUCUCAACAAGAACCCGUCAUUCGGACUCUGGGAUAUUCUGUGCCGAGCGCUUUACACCCUCACAUCCAACUGAUUCAGCCUACAACUAAAUUCGGCAAUCUCAAUCGUCAGAGCAGGUUGCUUUUGCCACCUCAGCGAGCGAGUCCGGAACAGCUAGCCGCUCCAUGCAGCAGAGUCGUCACACCAAGUUGUCUGAAAGAUCUCUAUGCGAUUGAUAACACGACUACAAGAUUUGAUUGGCGAAAUCGACUCGGGAUAUCUGGUUUCCUGGAACAAUAUGCCCGGCAUGGUGAUUUCGAGGCAUUCAUGCUCCGUUACGCACCGGCCCACUCAGACGUCAACUUCAGUACCGUCUCGAUCAACGGAGGCAAAGAUGAUCAGAACUCCAUGUCUGACAGUGUCGAAGCAAGCUUAGAUGUACAAUAUGCCAUUUCGCUGGCGGAUGAUGUGUUUGCAACCUACUAUACCACCGGGGGACGCGGUCCUGUAGUCCCUGAGAUAAACGAUCCAAACUCGACCAUCUCGACAAACGAGCCAUACCUUGAACAGCUUCAUUUCCUCCUUAAUCUUCCAGACACAGAACUUCCCGCAGUACUUUCCAACUCAUAUGGAGAAGAUGAACAGAGUCUCCCAACGUCUUAUUUGAAUGCGACUUGCAGUCUCUUUGCCCAGCUCGGCGCCCGAGGUGUUUCCAUAAUCUUCAGCAGCGGUGACUCUGGUCCGGGAAACACCUGUGUACGAAAUGACGGGACUAACCAGACCAGAUUCCUCCCAGGAUAUCCAGCUUCUUGUCCAUUCGUUACCUCCGUAGGUGGGACGGAAGGUUCCAACCCAGAGAGGGCGGUUCCCUUCUCCAGCGGUGGGUUUUCAGAGGUGUUCCCUCGUCCUGCAUACCAAGAGCAGGCAGUGGAAGGCUACUUGCGUCAACUUGGAACCCGAUGGCAUGGGUUGUACAAUGCAAGUGGAAGAGGUAUCCCUGAUGUAUCAGCCCAAGCGUCCGACUACAUGGUUCGAGACCAUGGCCAGUGGUCCUUAGUUGGCGGUACAAGUGCUUCAGCGCCAGCGUUUGCGGGCAUAGUUUCUCGACUCAAUGCUGCUCGUAUUGCCCAGGGUAAACCGCGAAUGGGCUUCCUGAAUCCAUGGCUUUAUAGUCAGGGGAAACCAGGGUUGACAGAUAUUACUGAAGGUCACUCCGAAGGAUGUAGUUGGACUCCUGAUGGUGUCACUUCUCGGGUGCCGAACGCGAGCUGGGAUGCUACCGAAGGGUGGGACGCGGCUACAGGGCUAGGCACGCCUUUCUUCCGUACGCUUGUGAAGUUGGCAUUGUCAGAUGACCAUGAGUAA